CUGACUCAACUGCUCUGGCAUCUCUGAGACUGUAAAUGUUAAUCUGGGGGCCUCUGAGCUCUGAGCUUAUUGGGUGCCACGAAAGAAACAUGAGAGUCCAGAGCUCCCUCCUCCUGGUAGUCCUCCUGGCUUUGGAGACUCACUUGCCUGUUGCCUUGUGUAGAAAGAAGGGAGACAAAUUGGGGGGUUGCCCACCAGACGAUGGACUCUGCAACCAGAAUACUCCUCCUGAUCAGUGCUUGAAUGACAAACAGUGUCCCUCUUCUUGGAAGUGCUGUCGCCGAGCCUGCUUCCUCCAGUGUAUGCCUCGUGUCUUUGUAAAGUCGGGCAAAUGCCCCGUGGAUCAACUUCGCUGCCUCAGUCCCACAAAGCACAUGUGUAACAAAGACUCGGACUGCUCAGGCAAGAAGCGGUGCUGUGCCAGCGCCUGUGGCCGGGACUGCCGAGACCCCAGCAAAAGUACCAUUUGAGACCCCAGCAAAGGCUAAUUCUGGCUUACGAUCUAUGGCUCUGCACCCCAGGUGUGGUUCCCACCAGAAAGAGAUCAUGAUGUGCCAGCCAGGGAUCCUGCGACCCAGAUCUUCUCUCCAGAGACAGUUGUGACCUUCUGACAAGCACUGGCCUGUUGUCAGCUCCCUUACAACUCAUGCCUCCUGCAUUCUCCUCUGAGUGCCAAGGUCCACACCAGACAUCAAAAGCAUAGCUCAUCAUUCGGCUCCGGCACCCCACACCACUGUUGUGCUGGGCUUCCCAUCCCACCUCAGAACCAGUGUUAUAUCUCUCUGUACAUUGUUCCCUCCACUUCAAAUGCCAAGCCAGGCAGCCCCUUCUCUCCCGAGCCCUGAACCCACCUGCAGACUAUCCUCCCCAAAAUAAUGUGUGUCCAGAAAGAAUUUUCCAAACAUCAGUCCAUCCACACAUGCUGCCUCAGUCCCCAUCAUCCCUGCAGAGCCACCCCGUAAUGUGUAAAGUUGUGUGAAGUACCUCUGUACAUCUACUCACUUAACGUCUUCAUUUAAACGGCUCACUUUUGGAUGUUAACAAUUCAUUUCCAAGGGAUGGUGUGGGAGGGGAGGGCAGAGGAGGUUUGGUGUCGCUAAGGUAAAUAAGAUCUGCAAGAUCAACGGACAGAGGCAGCAUGGAUCUUCGAAGCCAAGUGUAAUGAAAACAAUAAUUCCAUUGAGUUCAUUCGUGCUUGAUUUAAAUAACACCGUUAAACUCUAGCUAAUAGGGCCACCUGCCAAGGCAGAGCCUGAUUCUGUUUUAAUAAAUGGAGAUUAACAAGGGUUAAAGAGAUGUCAAGAGAUGCAGGAUUCUGACUGAGACAGCUUCCUGGCAGAGUCAGGAGCAAAGAGAGAGCCUCUGACCCAGGGAGUCGAUGAUGCUUCAUGUUGUAGCCAAGUGCUUGCUAAGACCGUUUGGAUUGUCCCAUAUCCAGGAAAAGGGGCUCCAGCAGUUGGGAUGUCAUGUGUAGAGUACAUCUGUCUCCACUACUGGGCUGUGUCUCACUUGCCUUGAUUUCCCAGCCUAGAGUCAGGGCCAAACAAGGGUUUCUUGAGAGGACUCAGCAAGGGUCUGUCCAUUCCUUGGACCCAGACAGCUGAGAAAGGAGGUGCCUUUUGUCUGAUAGACUUGGGGCAGACUACUAUGGAGGCGAACUUAAAAAUUGUGUCUCUUCUGUCCUGUUCCCGUGGCCUUGCGGUGUAACCCAGGCGAGUCCUUCACCACUUCCCUUUGCAGUCUGGAAGAUGGAGAGAGUGCCACUUUCUGGUUGCUACAGCCAUUCUCACUAGAUUCAAAUGCCCGAACUGUUGGCUUGUAGUAACAGUUGCCAACAACAUGGCUCCAAGGUGACACGUAGAGAAAAGAAAGCUUUCUGGUGUCACAGAAUCUGUGAGCUCCUGGAUAUUUCUGAGCCUCCUUCUGGGCCUUGGUUGCUCCACCCAUCACAUUAACACAGAUAAUAUAAGGGACCAUAGUCUCUGCCCACCAUGUCCCUUCUCGUCCUCAGACUCACUAGAUAGUGUCUGUCCCAUUCGUAGUUUAUAAAUUGCCAACUUGGCAUAGCCUAGAACUGCCUGAAAGACAAGCUUCUGGACAUUACCCUGAUAUGCUAAUUGAUGUGGGAAGAACCACUUUGAUUGUGGGUGUGACCCUUCCCUAGGUAUUAGAUCCUGAACUGGACAAAACGAUGCAAGUGAGCUGAGCAUAGCAUGUGUGCAUCAUCCAUCACUCCCUUCUGAAUGCAAAUGUACUGUAACCAGCUGCUUCCAGCUCCUGCUGCCUUGACCUCCCCACCAUAAAGGACUGUAUCUUGAACUGUG